CUCUUGCUUUGUAGGAGAGCUCUAUCUGUUUGUUCUCCAGAGCCUAAAUCUCAGUAGUAUCCUCUGGAAGUGCCAGUUAAUUUCAGCUGCCAGGGGAGUUUGAGCAAAGGGCAGAUGCUCAACUGCACUGUCCAGACCAAGACAGCUGUUACAAGGGUAGAACUGAAAGUGCUGAGCCUUGGUGGACUUCAAAUUGAAGUAUCCAAAGUAUCGAGUUCUUCUGGACCCAGCUGUAGCUGAGUGCAGGUUUUAGGAUCCCAGUGUCUGAGUAAGGUGCUGAAUUCUUCCUAGGCCCCCUUUUGGGUUUGGUAUUGCAGAAAGAAGGAUCGAGAGCCCAGAAGUUUCUACACUUUUGUGAAUGUUUCAGUCAAAGACUUUGUUCUGAACCCCUCCAUGAACUCCUCGCUCUUUUCAUCUCUCUUUCACUUGUAAUUGGUACCUGACAUGAUGUCCCAGAGAAGCCCCAGGCAGGAACAGGGGUUUAUGUAUCGUUCCCUCUCAAUUUCUUUUCCAUCAGGAUCUAGUUGAAAGUUGCCAUUGGGAAAAAAAGUCUUUGAGGAUCUUAAAAUGAAAAAGGAAGCUGAACAAAAGCAGCCCUGAUAUGACUCAACUGCUAAUGAUUCCCUCGCUCCUGGCUGGAGCGCAGCAUCUGAAGGAAGCAGCCUGGCUGUCAUUCCAUCAUCAUGUUUCCUGGCUGCUAUUAGGAGCUGUAACCAUGGUGAUGUUUAAUUGGCUGUCUUAGUCAUGCAGCUAAUGUCGAUAUAGUUCCUUCCAGAGAAAGAAUCGAUUAAUUGCUUAACUUUAAGAUGGCAAAGAGCAGUAGGGUUAGAGGAGUGAAUAGAGAAUUUCUCCCUCACUGGAGUGCUGUGAUCUGGCUUUAAUAAACUUGCUCUCCUUGGAAAGAGGGGUUUUUUGUCUUUUGCAAUCAGGCAAAUACACAAGACAAUACAUUAGUGAGUGGAGGUGUCAGGGGAGGUCUUACAGCCUCUUCCUUGUGGGUUUGCUUUUAAAUUAAGCAUCUAAUGUCCUCAAGUCUUUAAAAGCAAUAUCGAGUGUUCAGUUUACAACUGAGCUGAGGGCAAGCUUAUGGGAAAUGUUGCUCCUUUUCUGGGCCCAGUCAGGGUCUGGAGCAGCCACAGGAGGGUUUUGGGUUCUCAUGAAGAGCAGUGGUGUGUGGGGAGUGAAGAUGGGAGAAGGGGGUCAGUGACCUGCACUGUGUCAUUGGGGCUACAUUUUGGUGCUGGCUGCAUUGUGGAUGUUUGGCCAGUCCCGAAUCUCAUCUCAGGCAUCUGGCCUCCUGCUGGCUUGGGAAGUUCAGAGAUGAUUCAGCUUUUGGUGGUGGUUUUGUUGUGAGAUGUGCUGAGAAGUGUCCCGCAGGUGAUGUCAACAGCCAAGGUGAGAUGUGGGCAGCUUUGGAGGCAUUUACUUCUCCUCAGCUGCUCUUCCUUAGCCACGUCCAUCAUUGUCUUCUCAGCCAAUGUUGCAAAUUCUUGCAACUCCUUUGCUCUUUGGCCAGUCUCUCCAGCCUUCUUUUCUGCUUUGUCAAAGCCUGAUUAUGAUGGGACAUUGAUGCUGCCAUACAGAUCUCCAAACAAUGUACAAAGCUUGGUAUGGUCACUAAAAAGCCAAAGCAAAGCAGGGAUAAGCCCCUAAGAUGGAGCCAAGUGUAAGGAAAGCAGCACUGUUGUCUGGUUCAUAACACCGAUACUAUAACUCUCUCUUGGUUCCUAGGUGAAGUGUGUGCAGGAUGCAAUAAGGGAAAAGAAGAAAUCCUUCAAUUUUCUUGGAGAAGACAUUAACUUAGUUCCCACAGUAGGCAUUUUCAUCACCAUGAACCCUGGCUAUGCAGGGCGAACUGAGCUACCUGAGAACUUAAAAGCUCUUUUCAGGCCCUGUGCAAUGGUUGUGCCAGACUUCGAGCUGAUCUGUGAGAUCAUGUUGGUGGCUGAGGGAUUCAUCGAGGCCCGGGCACUGGCCAGGAAGUUCAUCACCCUGUACCAGCUCUGCAGAGAGCUCCUGUCCAAGAAGGAUCACUACGACUGGGGCUUACGUGCGAUCAAGUCAGUGCUGGUUGUCGCCGGCUCCCUCAAGCGAGGUGACCCAGGGCGACCCGAAGAGCAGGUUCUGAUGCGCUCACUUCGUGACUUCAACAUCCCCAAGAUUGUGACUGAUGAUGUGCCGGUGUUCAUGGGGCUCAUUGGGGACCUUUUCCCUGCUCUGGAUGUACCUCGGAAGCGUGACCUGAACUUUGAGUCGUUGGUGAGGCAGGCGGUGCUGGACCUCCGGCUGCAGGCUGAGGACAACUUCAUACUCAAAGUGGUGCAGCUGGAGGAGCUGCUGACUGUCCGUCACUCUGUCUUCGUGGUGGGUAACGCAGGCACGGGCAAGUCUCAGGUGAUGAAAUCCCUCCACAAGACUUACCAGCUAAUGAAGCGGCGUCCCGUCUGGACAGACCUCAACCCCAAAGCAGUCACCAAUGACGAGCUCUUUGGAAUCAUUAACCCAGCAACCAGAGAAUGGAAGGAUGGACUGUUUUCAUCCAUCAUGCGAGAGCUGGCCAACAUCACACAUGAUGGUCCCAAGUGGAUGGUACUAGAUGGAGAUAUUGAUCCGAUGUGGAUUGAGUCUCUUAAUACUGUGAUGGAUGAUAAUAAGGUGCUGACCCUGGCAAGCAAUGAGAGAAUCCCUCUGAACCCAACAAUGAGGCUGGUCUUUGAGAUCAGCCACCUGCGCACAGCCACUCCAGCCACUGUGUCCAGAGCUGGCAUCCUGUACAUCAACCCAUCAGACCUGGGCUGGAGUCCCCCAGUGAGCAGCUGGAUUGACAGGAGGGAGAUCCAGUCUGAGAGAGCCAACCUGACCAUUCUGUUUGAUAAGUACCUGCCAACUUGCCUGGACACCCUCAGGACAAGGUUUAAGAAGAUUAUUCCCAUUCCUGGGCAGAGUAUGGUUCAGAUGUUGUGCUACCUCCUGGAAUGCCUCCUGACAGAGGAGAACACACCUCCCGACUGUCCCAAGGAGCUCUAUGAACUUUACUUUGUCUUUGCUGCUGUCUGGGCUUUUGGUGGAUCAAUGUUUCAAGACCAGCUUGUGGACCACAGAGUGGAGUUCAGCAAGUGGUGGGUGGCAGAAUUCAAGACCAUCAAGUUUCCUUCUCAGGGCACAGUCUUUGACUUUUACAUCGAGCCAGAAACGAAGAAGUUUGAGCCUUGGUCUAAACUUAUUCCCCCGUUUGAAUUUGAUCCAGAAAUGCCAUUACAGGCUUGCCUGGUGCCCACCACUGAGACAGUCCGUGUGCGGUACUUCAUGGACCGGCUCCUGGAGCGCCGGCGCCCGGUGAUGCUGGUGGGCAAUGCCGGCACAGGCAAGUCUGUGCUGGUGGGGGACAAGCUGUCCUCACUGGACACGGAUGCCUAUGUGGUGAAGAAGGUCCCGUUUAACUACUACACCACCUCUGCCAUGCUGCAAGGGGUGCUUGAGAAGCCUCUGGAUAAAAAGGCUGGCAGGAAUUACGGCCCUCCAGGCACCAAGAAACUCGUGUACUUCAUCGAUGAUCUGAACAUGCCUGAGGUGGAUGCUUACGGGACUGUGCAGCCCCAUACACUGAUCAGGCAGCACCUGGACUACGGCCACUGGUACGACAGGACCAAGCUGUCGCUGAAGGAGAUCAGGAACGUGCAGUACGUGUCGUGCAUGAACCCGACCGCGGGGAGCUUCACCAUCAACCCUCGGCUGCAGCGUCACUUCUGCGUCUUUGCGCUCUCCCUCCCUGGCCAGGAGGCCUUGUCCAGGAUCUACAGCACCAUUUUGAUGCAGCACCUGACGAGUGGUGGCUUCCCGGGGGCUGUGCAGAAGUCAGCUCAGCAGCUGCUUACCCUCGCUCUGCGACUGCAUCAGAAAGUAGCUGCCACUUUCCUGCCAACAGCCAUCAAGUUCCACUAUGUUUUCAACCUGCGAGACUUCUCCAAUAUCUUCCAGGGCCUUCUGUUCUCUACCCCUGAAUGUCUGAAGCAGCCCCAAGACCUGGUGAAACUCUACCUGCAUGAGUCAAACCGGGUGUACCGGGAUAAGAUGGUUGAAGAAAAGGAUUAUGGUACCUUUGAUAAAAUCCAGCUGGAGAUGGUGAAGAAGUUCUAUGAUGAAAUUGAGGAAACUUUAGAGCAGACCAAGAGAAUGAAUGUUUAUUGCCAUUUUGCUAAAGGGAUCGGUGAACCCUGCUAUAGGCCAGUUCCAACCUGGGAGGAGUUGAACCAGAUCCUUGUGGAAGCCUUGGACAACUACAAUGAAGUCAAUCCUGCUAUGAACUUGGUACUUUUUGAGGAUGCCAUGUGCCAUGUCUGCCGCAUCAACCGUAUCCUGGAGUCCCCCAGAGGAAACGCUCUGCUGGUCGGGGUGGGUGGAAGUGGCAAGCAGAGCCUGACCAGGCUGGCAGCCUUCAUUAGCUCCCUGGAGGUUUUCCAGAUCACCCUGAGGAAAGGCUAUGGCAUCCCUGAGCUGAAGGCAGACCUGGCAAACCAGUACCUGAAAGCUGGUGUGAAGAACAUGGGCACCGUGUUCCUCAUGACUGACGCGCAAGUGGCGGACGAGCAGUUCUUGGUGCUGGUGAAUGACUUCUUAGCAUCAGGUGAAAUCCCGGAUCUCUUUCCUGAUGAUGAAGUUGAAAGCAUCAUCAACAGUGUGAGGAAUGAAGUCAAAGGCCGGGGGCUGCUGGACUCCAAGGAGACUUGCUGGAAGUUCUUCAUAGAGCGCGUUAGGCGACAGUUGAAGGUCGCGCUGUGCUUCUCCCCCGUCGGCAGCAGGCUCCGUGUCCGCAGCAGGAGGUUCCCGGCCAUCGUCAGCUGCGUGGCCAUAGACUGGUUCCAGGAGUGGCCACGGGAGGCCCUCGAGUCCGUCAGCCUCCGCUUCCUGCGUGAGACAGAGGCCGUGGAGGAUUCACUGAAAAGCUCAAUAAGCAAAUUCAUGGCCUACGUCCACACAAGUGUCAACGAGAUAUCCCGAUUGUAUCUGAGCAAUGAGCGGCGAUAUAACUACACCACUCCAAAGUCAUUCCUUGAGCAAAUCAAACUAUAUCAGAAUUUGCUUUUGAAAAAGGGCAAGGAUUUAAAGGCAAAAAUGGAGCGGCUGGAGAAUGGUCUGGAGAAGCUCAAAAGCACCUCUGCACAAGUGGAUGAGCUGAAGGCCAAGCUGGCAGCCCAAGAAGUGGAGCUGAAGCAGAAGAAUGAUGAUGCUGACAAGCUGAUCCAGGUGGUGGGGGUGGAGACGGAGAAAGUGAGCAGGGAAAAGGCCAUCGCCGAUGAGGAGGAGCAGAAGGUGGCACUGAUCGCCCAGGAGGUGGAGCAGAAACAGAAGGACUGUGAGGAGGACCUGGCCAAAGCUGAGCCUGCCCUGGCAGCUGCCCAGGCUGCUCUGAACACCCUCAACAAGAAGAACCUGACAGAGCUGAGGUCCUUUGGGUCACCACCUUCAGCUGUCAGCAAUGUCACCGCGGCAGUGAUGGUGCUGAUGGCUCCGGGAGGAAGGAUUCCCAAGGACAGGAGCUGGAAGGCAGCGAAAGCCUCCAUGGCCAGGGUGGAUGGCUUCCUGGACUCCCUGAUCAAGUUCGAUAAGGAGAACAUCCAUGAGAACUGCCUCAAAGCCCUUCAGCCCUAUCUACAAGACCCCAAGUUCAAGCCUGAAUUCGUGACCACCAAGUCCUUGGCCGCGGCCGGGCUCUGCUCCUGGGUGCUGAACAUCGUGCGCUUCCACGCCGUGUUCUGCGAGGUGCAGCCCAAGAGGCAGGCGCUCAGCAAAGCCAACGCGGAGCUGGCGGCUGCCCAGGACAAGCUGGCCAGCAUCAAGGCCAAAAUCGCUCGCCUCAACGAGAACCUGCGGAAGCUCACAGCCAAGUUUGAGAAGGCCACUUCAGACAAACUCAAAUGUCAGCAAGAAGCUGAAGCCACAGCGUGUACCAUCGCGCUUGCAAAUCGCCUGGUUGGGGGACUUGCCUCUGAGGACGUGAGAUGGGCUGAAGCCGUGAAGGACUUCAAACAGCAGCACAGCACGUUGUGUGGAGACGUCUUGCUGAUCACAGCCUUUGUCUCCUACCUGGGCUACUUCACCAAGAAAUACCGACAGGACCUCCUGGAUGGGAUCUGGAGGCCGUAUUUGCAGCAGCUGGAAGUGCCAAUCCCUGUGACUCCAUCCCUUGAUCCUCUGACCAUGCUGGCCGAUGAUGCUGAUGUGGCAGCCUGGCAGAACGAGGGCCUGCCGGCCGAUCGGAUGUCCACCGAGAACGCCACCAUCCUGAGCACCUGUGAGCGCUGGCCUCUCAUGGUGGACCCCCAGCUGCAGGGUAUCAAAUGGAUCAAAACCAAGUAUGGAGAAGACCUCCGAGUGAUCCGGAUUGGGCAGAAGGGGUAUCUGGACAGGCUGGAACAAGCCCUGGCUGCAGGAGAGCUGGUUUUGAUUGAAAACCUGGAGGAAUUCGUGGAUCCAGUUUUGGGGCCGUUACUGGGGCGAGAAACGAUCAAGAAAGGAAGGUGCAUUAAGAUUGGGGACAAGGAGUGUGACUUGAACCCUGCUUUCCGCCUCAUCCUCCACACAAAGCUGGCAAACCCCCAUUUCCAGCCCGAGCUGCAGGCGCAGUGCACCCUCAUCAACUUCACUGUCACACGGGAUGGGCUGGAGGACCAGCUCCUUGCGGCAGUGGUCAACAUGGAGAGACCUGACUUGGAAGAGCUUAAGUCAUCUCUCACAAAGCAACAAAAUGGCUUCAAAAUCACCUUGAAAACACUAGAGGACAACUUGCUCUCUCGGCUGUCAUCAGCAUCUGGGAACUUCCUGGAAGACACAGUGCUGGUGGAGAACUUGGAGGUCACUAAACAGACCGCUGCAGAGAUCGGAGAGAAGGUCCAGGAGUCUAAGGUGACAGAAGCUAAGAUUAAUGAGGCCAGAGAGCACUACAGGCCUGCUGCUGCACGGGCCUCUCUGCUCUACUUCACCAUGAACGACCUCCAUGCCAUCCAUCCCAUGUACCAGUUCUCUCUGAAGGCCUUCAGACUCGUGUUUCAGAAAGCCAUUGAGAGGGCACCUCCGGAUGAGAGCCUGGAGGCGCGCGUGCUGAACCUCAUCGACAGCAUUACGUUCUCUGUGUUCCAGUACACAACCCGGGGGCUGUUUGAGUGUGAUAAAUUGACCUACACCGCUCAAGUUACCUUCCAGGUACUUCUGAUGAGUAAAGAGAUCAAUGCAGUAGAACUGGAUUUUCUUCUAAGGUACCCAGCGCAGACCAGAGUCACAAGCCCUGUGGAUUUCCUGUCUAAUCACUCCUGGGGAGGAAUCAAGGCUCUCUCAUCCAUGGAGGAAUUCAGAAACCUGGAUCGGGAUAUUGAGGGGUCUGCAAAACGGUGGAAGAAAUUUGUUGAGUCUGAGUGUCCUGAAAAGGAGAAGUUCCCUCAGGAAUGGAAGAACAAGUCAGCCCUGCAGCGCCUGUGUAUCCUGAGAGCCAUCCGGCCCGAUCGCAUGACCUAUGCUGUCAGAGAUUUUGUGGAGGAGAAGCUUGGCAGUAAAUACGUGGUAGGGAGAUCCCUGGAUUUUGCAACAACCUUUGAGGAAUCGGGACCUGCGACGCCAGUGUUCUUCAUCCUGUCCCCGGGAGUCGACCCACUGAAGGAUGUGGAGAAACAAGGGAAGAAACUCGGUUAUACUUUUAACAACAGGAAUUUCCACAACGUUUCCCUUGGACAAGGUCAGGAGGUCGUUGCUGAACAAGCUCUGGAUCUGGCUGCAAAGGAGGGUCACUGGGUCAUCCUUCAGAACAUCCACCUGGUGGCCAAGUGGCUGAGUUCCCUGGAGAAGAAGCUGGAGCAGCACAGUGAGGGCAGCCACCAGGACUUCCGUGUCUUCAUUAGCGCAGAGCCAGCCCCCUCCUCUGAGAGCCACAUCAUUCCCCAGGGCAUCCUGGAGAACUCCAUCAAAAUCACCAACGAGGCCCCAACCGGGAUGCACGCAAACCUGCACAAAGCCCUCGACAACUUCAACCAGGAUACCCUGGAGAUGUGCACCCGGGAACAUGAGUUCAAGAGCAUCCUCUUUGCCCUCUGCUAUUUCCAUGCUGUGGUGGCAGAAAGGCGCAAGUUUGGUCCCCAAGGCUGGAACCGGUCCUACCCCUUCAACACUGGAGACCUCACCAUCUCUGUGAACGUGCUGUAUAAUUACCUGGAGGCCAGCUCAAAGGUCCCAUAUGAUGAUUUACGCUACCUCUUUGGUGAGAUCAUGUAUGGAGGACACAUUACAGAUGACUGGGACAGGCGGCUCUGCAGAACCUAUUUGGAAGAAUUUAUUAAGCCAGAAAUGCUGGAGGGAGAACUCCUCCUAGCUCCAGGCUUCCCCCUCCCAGCAAACAUGGACUAUAAUGGCUAUCAUCAGUACAUAGACGAUGCCUUGCCUCCAGAGUCUCCUUAUCUGUAUGGCCUCCAUCCCAAUGCUGAGAUUGGCUUCCUUACCCAGACCUCAGAGAAGCUCUUCCGCACCGUGCUGGAGAUGCAGCCCCGGGACAGCAGCACGGGUGAUGGAGGAGUGGUGACCAGGGAAGAAACGGUGAAAGCCCUUCUGGAAGAGAUGUUAGAGAAACUGAUGGAUGAGUUUAACAUUGCAGAACUGAUGGCAAAGGUGGAGGAGAGGACACCGUACGCUGUGGUUGCCUUCCAGGAAUGUGAGCGCAUGAACAUCCUCACCAGUGAAAUAAAGCGCUCUCUUAAGGAGCUGGACCUAGGGCUGAAGGGAGAACUGACCAUGACAAGCGACAUGGAGAACCUGCAGAAUGCUCUUUUCUUGGACAUGGUGCCUGAGUCCUGGACAAAGAAAGCUUACCCUUCCACGGCCAGCCUGGGCUCGUGGUUUGCUGACCUCCUCGCGCGCAUCAAGGAGCUGGAGGCCUGGACAGGAGACUUUUCCUUACCCUCCACCGUGUGGCUUGCUGGGUUCUUCAAUCCCCAGUCUAUCCUGACAGCCAUCAUGCAGUGCACAGCCCGGAAAAACGGGUGGCCUUUGGACAAGAUGGCCUUGCAGUGUGAUGUGACAAAGAAGAACAGGGACGAUUUUGCCAGCCCUCCUCGGGAAGGGGCGUACGUCCACGGCUUGUUCCUGGAGGGUGCGCGCUGGGAUGCACAGGCUGGGAUAAUCACGGAUGCCAGGCUCAAGGAGCUAACCCCAGCCAUGCCCGUCGUUUUCCUCAAAGCCAUUCCUGCUGACAAGCAAGAUCUCCAUAACAUGUACCCGUGUCCUGUGUACAAAACCCACCAGAGAGGGCCAACCUAUGUGUGGACUUUUAACCUUAAAACUAAAGAGAAUCCCUCCAAGUGGGUGCUCGCUGGUGUGGCGCUGCUGCUGCAGGUCUGAUCCCCAGCAGGGCCCCUCAUUGCAAAGCCCUCAUGGGGUCUUUCUCAGACAACUUAAAUAGGAUCCUGAGGUUGAACCCAGGAUUCACCUCUCUGAGCACUUGGGCACGUAGCUGAAAUAGAACCUACAAGGAGGUGACAGAGGUUCAGGGGGACACAUGGAGCAGAUUCGUGGCUGCUGUCAAUCACUACCCUGUAAUCCCUACACUGGAGCACUGGAAGAUCCUAACCUGCAGCAGGAUCUUCCACCCCCAGAAUGAAUGUAAUGUUGAUUUCUCUUGCAGGAUCCAAAGUAGUUUUAAAGUGAGUGGCCUUCUCCAGACUCCUCAGAUAGGCCAGGGACCUGUGAAAUUCUUCAGAUCUUAUCCUUUUCUAUACAGGAGUGUUUCUUUGUUAUAGGUGUGAUAGCAGAAGCUGGGAGAUCAACAGGUACUGUGGAUGUAAACUGUUUCUUACUAAUAUUGCUGUAAAUUUUAAACCCAUUUAAAAUAGUGUUAAUAUCCAGUGUGCUUCAUGUAACCAUCAAUAAAACUACAGCGUUUCUAAAGCAGAAAGCACAGAGAGGAAUGCCUG